UCCGAAUUCUGUUGUCACCUUAUCCCAGCAAAUCCGAGAAGGCAUCUCAAACCUUUGAUAAAAGAAGGCAGCCUCGUUAAAUGUCCGGCUUUCAAGGCCGGCGGACGCGCCGCCCGGUGGCGGAAAUAGUCCGGGAGCUGAGGCACCUGCGGUCGACUCCCUUGCGAGUCGACGACGAGGACGAGCUGUGGGCGGAGGGGCUCGAGAAACCGCCUUCUCCGGGUGCUCCGGUGGUCGCCCGGGAGCAGCUGGAGCAGCUGCGUCUGAGUCGCCAUCGGAUCGGUCUCCUCCUGGUGCGCCCCGCCUUCGAGCAGGCAGUCACGGGCUGCUUUGUCCGGGUGAACGUCAGCGGGCGAGGAGAGCCGCCCGAGCACCGGAUCGCCGAGGUCUUGGGCAUCGGCGAGCUGGGCUUCGGCUACAAGGUCGGGGAGGUGCCCACCAACGUGGCCCUGCAGCUGCGCUACGAGGAUCUGGUGGUGCUGCACGAGAUCACCGACAUCUCCAACCUGGCCUUCACCCACGAGGAGUUCGAGCUGUGGCGGGACAACUGCGUCAACCAGGCCCUCAGUCCACCCACCACCCAGAAGGUCGCCCGCAAGAAGACCGAGCUGUACAACGCCCUGCAGUGCGAGGCCAAGGGCUUGGCCCUCAUCCAGAGGAGCUUUCCCCUCGCUCUGAGGCCUCCGCAGAGGUCCGGCAUCUUGGAGCGGCACGGCGGCGUCUAUCCCUGGCGCCUGAAGCACCCGCCUCCCCAGUCGAUGCCGCCACUGGAGAGUGAUCCCUUUAGGGGUCUUACCUACAGCGAGAACAGCGAGUCCCUCCUCCCAUCCCUGGCUCUGCCACUCGGGGAAGAGGACGGUCCUCGGACGGAAGCACGGUCAUUGCCCGAGUCGGAAACGGUCCACAGUCCACAGCCUCCCACUUAAAAGCCCCGCCUGUUCCGAUCAGCCAAAUUCCAGUUCAAUGCCAAGAACCAUCAGGAUCUACAGAUUUUGGAAAUAAAUUUAGCCCUUGAGCAAAGCGCA